GUAAACUAUAUCUUUUAUCAGCGUCAAGUUGAGUUGAAGUUUGGAGCUCAGUGUCAAGGUUCGCCAUCGCCACUAUAGGAAUUAACCUCUCUAGUACUAGGUACUGUAAUUUUGAAUUUAAAUAUUCAAUUUGCAUUAUUCGCUUGCGGUAAUCGGUCGUACCCGAAUUGAACAAGAUGUCUACAGCCGGUAAAGUUAUUAAAUGUCAAGCCGCAGUCGCAUGGGAGGCCGGAAAACCUCUUUCCAUUGAAGAAAUUGAAGUUGAUCCUCCUAAAGCCGGCGAAGUGCGUGUAAAGAUUUUAGCUACAGGCGUCUGUCAUACCGAUUCCUAUACUCUGUCAGGUAAAGAUCCCGAAGGCGUAUUCCCCGUGGUUCUCGGUCAUGAGGGUGGUGGAAUCGUAGAGAGCGUCGGCGAAGGCGUCACGUCGGUCAAGCCCGGCGACCACGUCGUGCCGCUGUACGUGCCCCAGUGCAACACUUGCAAAUUUUGCAUGAGCCCUAAGACCAAUCUUUGCCAAAAAGUUCGCGUAACCCAGGGCCAAGGUGUGAUGCCCGAUGGUACUAGGAGAUUCCGCUGCAAGGGCAAGGAACUUUAUCAUUUUAUGGGAUGUUCCACUUUCAGUGAAUACACGGUUGUUCUGGAAAUUUCGUUGUGUAAGGUUAACGAAGCAGCGGCGUUGGACAAAGUCUGUCUUCUAGGAUGCGGCGUGCCGACCGGCUAUGGAGCCGCAUUGAACACUGCUAAAGUGGAACCUGGAACGAAUUGCGCUAUAUUUGGUUUGGGUGCUGUUGGGUUGGCUGUAGCACUAGGUUGCAAGGCGGCCGGCGCUAAGCGCAUCAUCGGUGUCGAUAUUAACAAUGAUAAGUUUGAAGUGGCCAAGAAGUUUGGAGUAAACGAGUUUGUUAACCCUAAGGACUAUGACAAACCGAUUCAGCAAGUUCUAGUUGAUUUGACUGAUGGAGGUCUGGACUACACUUUUGAAUGUAUCGGUAACGUGAACACGAUGCGUGCGGCCCUGGAAGCUUGUCAUAAGGGAUGGGGGGUAUCAGUCAUCAUCGGAGUGGCCGCAGCAGGAGAGGAGAUCAGCACUCGUCCAUUCCAGCUGGUGACAGGUCGCACAUGGAAAGGCACCGCUUUUGGAGGAUACAAGAGCCGUGAAAGUGUUCCAAAGUUGGUUGAUGAAUAUGUUAACAAGAAGCUGCCUUUGGAUGAGUUUGUUACUCACAAUGUUCCACUAAAGGAAAUCAAUGAGGCAUUCCAUUUGAUGCACACUGGCAAAUCUAUCCGAGCUGUGGUGCACAUGUAAGCCUAACACCAAUCCAAAUAUAUUUUUUGUAUUCAGAAGCAUUUAUGAAUGUUAUUAAGUUUUA